CAUUGGCUGCCCCGCGCGUCACUCCUGAUCUCGGGCGGCAUGUGGGAGGAGCCCGGUGGAAACAUGACGGGAGGGGUGGCGGGUUAGAGGCGGUGCGACUGUCAAUUGUGUUCCCUAUUCUCGUCAAAAGUCGGCUGUUGUUGCCGUUGAGUCAAACCAAGACGGUCCUGGACGCUGUGUUUAGUCAGAGCAGUGCGCUCCACGCUGACACGUGAACGCGUCUUCUCUUUUCUCGCCGCAAACGGAAGCGCAACUUCGCUCCUUUUUUGCACUUUGACAUCGCAGUGUUUUGGGGGAGAGGAGGAGGAGGAGUAGGGUUUCGUGUCGCCUCGGAGCCAAACGCUGGAUUGUUGUCAAACAUUUCUUCUCACCAACACCUCGUCUCGCUUUCACCGUUUCUCGUCACGCACUGAGGCUUUGUGCGUUUUUCUGGUGCACAGAAAGGGGGUGUCUUCACCGCCUCGAGGCAAAGCGGCAAGACUGGGCACGGUGAAGACUUGUUGCGCGCAUCCGGGGAGCGCACCAGUCCAGUUUUCAUCCAAGUCCAUGUACAGUACCUGCGUGUGAUGCUUUGAUUUGAGCUGCGGGUCUGUGAGUGGAGCAUGGACUGUGGAGAUGAGCUCAGCCUGAAGUCAGCACGGCUCGCUGCUCUGUGACUAUGACAAUCUGCCCAUAAUUAACCAAACUGGACUGAUUAGUUUGCUCCGGUGUGUGUGUGUGUGUGCGUGUGUGUGUGUGUGUGUGUGAGAGAGAGAGCUGCUACCGAGCGGCUGAUGCUUCAGGAAAAAACAUUUCUCCUUUAAAUGGCAUCCACGCGCAGCAGAGUCAAACUUUAUUCGGGUCAGAUCCGACGACUUGAUUAAUUUUCCUCCCCCGGUGUUUCAAAUCGAGCCCUGCCUCUCUCUUCUCAUCGACAUGUCUGAGCGUGAUGGAUAUGGAGACGGGCUGUGCAGCGACGGAGCGCAGGACUGCAUCCCGCCGAGAGCGUCCCGCGGCCGGCGGAGCGGUGUCAUCCUCCCCGGUGGAGGUGGCGGCCAGGACACCGACACCAUCCUCCUGGAUUCGGUGAAGGCGGCACCGCGCCGGAGCAGCAUCAUCAAGGAUCCCACGGUGCAGAAGGUGGGCGGAGGCAGAAAGAAGACUGUGUCCUUCAGCAGCAUGCCCUCUGAGAAGAAGGUGAGCAGUGCUGCAGACUGCUUGGCGUUCAUGCAGGGCGGGUGUGAACUGAAGAAGAUUCGGCCCAAUUCCAGAGUUUACUGUCGUUUCUACACUCUGGACACCGACCUCAGCUGCUUACGCUGGGAGCCGUCUAAGAAGGACGGGGACCGGGCUCGACUGGACGUCUCCAGCAUCCGAGAGGUUCGUACGGGGAAGAGCACCGAGACGUUCCUCCAUAACGGUCCUCUCUCUGAGCACCUGGCUGAGGAAGCAGCCUUCUCCAUCAUACAUGGGGACGACUACCAGUCUCUGGACUUGGUUGCAUUGUCGGCAGAUGUGGCCAACAUCUGGGUGACAGGCCUUCGUUACCUGCUGGCCCACCCCUCAGUCAUUGGGGGUGGAGGUGGUGGUGGAGGAGGAGGUCUGAGUGAAGGAGGGGGUGUGGCGGUUGACGGCAGCCUGGGGGGCAAGAUGAGGAGUGAGUGGCUGGCGGCGGAGUUCGCCCAGGUGGAUGAAGACGGCUACGGCAUCGUGUCAGAGGACGUGGCCGUCGCCACCAUCUGUAAACUGUGUCCAGGUAUCAAGGAAGCAAAGGUACGACUGCGUUUUAAGGAGAUCCAGCGCAGCAAAGAGAAGCUGACCUCCCACGUGACUCGUGAGGAGUUCCAGGAGGCCUUCUGUGAGCUCUGCACCCGGCCUGAUGUCUACUUCUUGUUGGUGCAACUGUCAAAGGACCGCGAGUGUCUCGACCCUCAGGACCUCCGCCUCUUCCUGGAGACGGAGCAGGGUUUGUCUCUGGCGACGACCGAGGGCUGCUGGGAGCUGCUGAGGCGCUGCGAGCCGUCUGCCCAGGGCAGGGAGAGGGGGCUGCUGGGUAUGGAUGGAUUCGCCCGCUACCUGCAGUCUCCAGAGUGCCAGCUGCUCGACCCGGAGCACCUGGGAGUUUGUCAGGACAUGAACAUGCCUCUGUCCCACUACUACAUCAGCACUUCGUACCGCUCCUACCUGCUGGAUGAUCAGGUCCACGGCAGAGCAGACCUGGGAGGGCUGAUCAAGGCCCUGCAGUCUGGCUGUCGCUGCGUGGAGCUGGGAGUGACUGACGGCCCAGAGGGGGAGCCUCUCCUCGGGGUCGACUAUGGGCCAGAGAUCCCUCGCCACCAUCAUCACCACCACCACCAUCACCACCACCAUGCGCCUGUCACCAUCCGCUCAGCUCUGGAGGUGGUCAAUAAGUACGCCUUCCUGACCUCUCAGUACCCUCUCUUGGUGUACUUGUGCCAGCGUUGCUCUCCUGGCCAGCAGCGCACCAUGGCUCAGCACCUAAAGAAAGUGUUUGGCGCCCGUCUUUACACUCCAGAGGCGCUCCAUGUCAGCCUGGGGGGGCGAGCCACAACCUUACCCUCCCCCGAGCAGCUGAAGGGACGCAUCCUGAUAGUGGGGAAGAAGCUCCCUGCAGAGCAGGAUGGCUCUGAGGGGGAGGUAUCUGAGGAGGAUGAGGAGAUAGGAGGAGGGGGGCCUCUGGCAGGACGCCGAAUGACCAUCCCUGGUGAGGAGGAGCUGGGUGUGGUCUUGGUGGUGCCUCCACCCUCUCAACCCAGGAAGCUACGCCUCCACAGAGAGCUGUCAGACCUGGUGGCGAUCGCUCGCACGGGCAGCCGCAGCUUCUACGCGCAGAGAUCCAGUCACAAACAGGCUCAGCAGCAGUCACCACCCAGCAGCCCCUCCUCUCCCAGCACGCCAAUCCCUCCUGAGCCGCCUUAUUGGACGCUGUGCUCACUGGGUGAGGGAGAGGCCGGGCGGCUCACCACUGAGAGCCCAGAGGACCUCGUAAUGUUCACCAAGCGCACCCUGACCAGGGUGCGACCCAGCUCAGUGCGUCUGGACUCCAGUAACCCCAACCCACAGGGAUACUGGAAAGGAGGUGUCCAGCUCGUGGCCUUGAACCAGCAGACUCCCGGCGCCAUGCUGGACCUCCACAGAGGUCGCUUCUCGCAGAACGGAGGGUGUGGUUACGUUCUGCGCCCAGCUGUAAUGAGGGACGAGGUGUCGUAUUUCAGUGCGCACACGCAGGGCUGUGUGCCAGGAGUGCCGGCUCAAACUCUGCGGAUUAAGGUGAUCAGCGCCCAUAACCUGCCCAAGCCUCAGGGCUCAGGGGCGAAGGGCGAGGUCAUCGACCCGUAUGUGGUCCUGGAGCUGCACGGCGUACCAGCUGACUGUGCUGAACAGCGUACACGCACUGCUGCUCAGAACCAGGACGACCCGCUGUUUGAUGAGACCUUUGAGUUUCAGGUCAACAUGCCGGAGCUGGCCUUGCUGCGCUUCGUGGUGUUAGACGACGACUACAUUGGAGACGAUUUCAUCGGCCAGUACAGCGUGGCCUUUGAGUGCCUUCAGCCCGGCUACCGCAAUGUGCCCCUGCUGGGCAUGGCGGGAGACCCCCUACCCCACACCAGCCUGUUUGUCCACGUGGCGAUCACCAACCGGCGAGGAGGUGGGAAGGCCCAGCGGCGAGGUCUGUCUGUGAGGAGGGUGGGGAGGCGAGGGCGGGAGUACGUCACGCUGAGGCACACCGGCAUCAAGGUGGUGGAUGAGACUUUCAAAUCGGCCAGUUCUCCCCUCAAAGAGGCUACGGACCUGCGGGAGGAAGCUCAGAGCACCACCGCCAGCUUCAAAGAGCAGUGUGGGCUCCCCACGGUGGCCAAACUGAAGCAGUGCAUCCAGAGCCUGGCGACCAGGCUGCAGAGCCCCGAGGGACCCAUGGGGGCCACCAUGGUGCUGAAGGAGGGAUACCCGUGUCUGGAGGCUCUGGUCAACCUCUCAGAGCCGACACGCAAACUGCUCACUGCCUACGACACGAUGAUCGCCGCCCAGAAACAGCUGAUUGAGAACGCGGACGCCGUUCAGGAGAGGAUCGCCCAGGUGCAAAGAGAAGGCAUGGACUUCCACGAGGAUCUGUCUCGGCUCGGGGAGAAGGAGGGACUGAAGGGACGCAAGCAGUGCAAAGCUGUGGAGAGUUUCACCUGGAACAUCACUGUCCUCAAGGGUCAGAGCGAUCUGCUGCGAGGAGCUAAGAUGGAUUCCCUGGAUGCCCUGAGGCAGCUGGCUCUGGCCUGCGAAGCCUGUGGACUCACCUCCUCCUCCUCCUCCUCCAACUCCUCGUCCUCCACCUUCUCCACCGCCGAGCUGCACUACUCCUCCCACCCUCUGUCUGGCCGCCGAAGCAGCACGCAUGGCAACGGCCGCAUCUGAUGAAAAAGGGAGCGGACAGAGUAAUUACAGAGGAUAACAGAGAUGAGGAGAUACGAGAGAGAUGGAACAAAAAAGCACCACAGGAGACAGAGGCUUUUCUCUCUGGCAGUGUGUGUAUCCCUUUAUCCAGUGCAGUAUGUGUCUAGACUAGCCUAGACCGAAGCAGUGUGUCUGUUAAAGCCUUACGGUGAGGUCAUCAAUUUAUCACUGAAAGGUCCGGCCUGUAGAGAGGCUCAUCAUGAAUGUCGUAACUCAGCCGUGGAAAGGCAAAGAGAGACUCUCCACACGGGUUCUUGAACUUUUUGACGGCUCCUGCUUGCUUUUCUGUGAGAAAAUGUGUGACUCAAUAUUGUAACUCUGCGGGUUUUCCUCAUUAGACAGGAAAUAAUAGUCGCCUGAAUAAUUUGUGACAACGGGGCUGUCGUGAUGUUCACGGUCCUGUUGGUGUUUGGAGGUAGAGUGAGGAAUGGAGAUAUGAUGGCACGAGUUAUUCUCUGCCUCAGCAUUUCAGCUCGUCCCCUGGGAAGGCAACAAGAUCACCUGUGUGUGUGUGUGUGUGUGUUUACAGUGUUGCAAGUGGUGCUGUAAGCGACUGAUUGACAGGAUGUGACCCAGAAAAAACACACAGGUGGAGACAGAUUCAAGUAGCCUAUGUUUGUAAUGUAGUACUACUUCUUUAAACUCACAAAAGUUUUAUGGUAAUUCUAAUUUUCCUUUAGAUGCAACUGCAGUUAAUGCAACUGAACUCUCACAGCAGCUUCAAGUAGAAACAGACAACUUUUUAACUCCCCCCCUCUGGCAUUUCUGUCGUUCUGUUGUUACAGUUUGUGCCACGGUCGUAAAGACAACCGAAUUUUUUUCCUUUUCCCUCAGAGGCUAGCAACUCCCAACACACAGUCAACUCUGCAUUUUGUUUUCCACUAGGGUGUUUGACCGUCUGCCAUUACUGAGCUCGACUCAAGCCGGCUGAUGGUGUCAUCUGCAACUCAGCUGGUCAGAUCGCUGGCAGCUGGUUUUAACGCUGAUAAUUAGAUUAGAUAAUUGAGCUUAUCUAAAGUAUCACUGGUUAUUAAUGAGGUUUGGGAGUUUGGACAGAUUAAACGUCUUGUUCAUUCAAACAUUGGCUAAUUUAUCUAAUUGACUGCGUUGGUUCUUUCCAGACAUGAAUCUCUUAAAUGGGGAUAGCUGCCGAUAGCUACAAAGGAAAACAAAAGCGCUGCCCUCUUCCCGCUUUCGUUGCGCAGUGGUUUGACGCUGCAUUUUGUUUUGCCACAGUUAAUGUGGUUGUUCCACGAUGGUGGAUGGUAACUGAAAAGAAUAUAAGUCCAGUUCAGACCAAAGAUUUGUGCCGAGAUGAAACCGUUUUAGAACGUUGCGGUGAAAAGUUGCAGCGGUGUGAACUGGCCGGUCUGAGCUUGACUCAAGCCAGCUGAUGGUGUCACCUGACACUCAGCUGGUCAAAUCGCUGGCGGCUGGUUUUAAAGCCGAUAAUUCGAUUAGAUAAUUGAACUUAUCUAAAGUAUCAGUGCUUAUUAUGAGGUUUGGGAGUUUGGACAAAUGAAACGUCUUGUUCAUUCAAACAUUGGCUGACUUAUCUAAUUGACUGCGUUGGUUCUUUCCAGACUUGAAUCUCUUAACAAAAGCUGGACUUCUUGUCUGGUCUGUUUCUAAACUUUUAACGAGAGUACACAAAGAUCCGCUUGCAACUCUGAGCACACACACCUUUCAUCAUCUAACUGCUACGCUCAUGUAUUGUGUGAAAUAACCAGCAGCACACAUACACAGACACACACACACACACACACACACACACAGGCUCUUGUUAUCUCCACCAGCCCGUCAUGUUCACUUGGAGAGGGGACGGCUGAAACGCGAGGAGAAGAGGUGUAGCGAAGAGGAGACACGGUAAUUGGAGAAGUUGCGGAUGUGUGUUGAUACUGUAGUACAACAUGUCUGCUGUAGUACAUGUGUGGAUCACAUAACCUCCUCACUAUACCAACAUGUGGAGCAAAGUGACGCUCAGAGACUGUACAUGUGUUAGUGUGUAGAACAGAUGCCUGCAGCAGUGAUGAAGUACACAGUAUUGAUGUAGCAAUAAUAAGUUACGGGAGAGUGGGCGAGGGUGUGUAACUCAGUGUGACGUGACUGAAGGAGUGACAACAGUAACUUUAUAGCUCAGUGAUGCUUUUAAAUGUGUUUGAAAAUGGUGUCCAGCAGGUGCUACUGAUCUUAGCUCAUAGGUGUGCUUACCUGUAAGUGAUGGCGUUCCACUCGGCCUUUUGAGUUCAACUGUGUGUUUCUUCUUGACGCAGGCAAACACCUGAUACCUGUUCUUUUAACUCAGCUUUUCUACUCAUAUUCUUGUAUGUUGUGAUGCUGCGUUUGAACCAAACCUGACAAAGUGAUGCUGAACAACACACAGGACUAAGCUAACAGAUUAGACGCUGAUCUUUUCUCUCUUGAACAAAAUUUUAUCUCCAGUGUUGGUGAUUUACAGGCUUUAUACUAAGUUGAAGGAUUACAUGUUUUAAGUCGUUUAGUUUAAAGGGUAACUUCAGUGUUUUUGCUCUGUUUUUGUUUCUAAGUGAUAAACGGGAACAACAGUUUUGAAACUGGUCCAGUACUGAGCGAGGAGCUGACCACUGUCAACCUAUGGAAAGAGAAAGACCUUUAUGUUUAAGAGUAAGAGUAAAGCUAAAAACACGCUGGUGCUGCCACUGCGUGUCAAGUGAAGCGUGUCAAGUGCCGCCCUUUACACAUGCUGGGCGUGUUGCGCUGCAGCUCGACGACCAUGCAAAGUACUUAAACUGAAAGAUUUGUUCUUCCUCCACCUCCGCAUGAGCCUAAAAUCAUGUGUGGAGGGCCACUAAUUAAAAUUGAUUUCUCACCUGAAGAGCCCAGGAAGUAUCUUUUAGGCCAUUGUCUUCAUAACAACGGGACUGUGGGUUGUUUAGCUUGGGGUUUUUUCGACCUCAACAAUGAGUCUCUCCUCAUCCAUUUGUCAUGACACAUGAGACACAGCAACAGCUGCAGAGUUCUCUUUAUACAUCCAUGGUGAGGAGAGGACAAC